CAACCACAGAAGAAUAGUUUAACAUCAGGUGGAACGAAAAGCACGUGGCUGAUGUUGCAAGAACUCGAGUUUUACCGUGAUUAGCGAAGCAGAGUAGUAUAACCUCGAGAGGUGCACACAUUUAACAAGUAAGCCGCCAUGGAUGUGGCUUUGCAAGCUCAAGGGUCAGUGAGCUACAGAGCAGUAUUUCAAGAAAGAAGCGGUUUAAAGCUCAACCCUUUUCUUGGGUCCUUUCAACAUGGGAGACUUUCCCAUUUUGUACAGUUUUCCUCAUGGCCCAAAGUACAUCCUGCAAGUGGGAUUUCAUAUCGAGUCAUUGCUAAUGCAGCUGGUAGAGAUUAUUGGAGAAGGAAACCAAGAAAAAUGUCAACUCCAAGAACGAGUAGGCCAAAGGGAUUUGGGCCGAAAUUGCCUGCAGGGACGAGCACCCAGAAGAGGGUCCAAAGAAAUAUUGAGGAUAAAAAGGAUUCUGAAACUCCGGAAUCCAGUGAACUUGCUGAGGCCAACAAGACAGUGCUUGAAAUGAAUGUUGAUUCUGAGAAGCAAUGGGCAGUUGAAGUUUCUCCUCCUGAGAAACUUGAGGAAGGGAAAACAGAUGAAACUAGUGGCGAAAUCGAGAAAUCAUCAUCAGUGAGAGAAGUGCCAGCUGUUCGUCCAAGCAAGCAAGGAGUAGAAAAUGGAAGGAUAGGUACAGUCAGUGAGAAUGACACAGGGUUAUUGCAUAAAAAAGAAGAUAUUGAAGUUGGUAAUGAGAAUGUGGCUGAUGUAACUUCUAGAGGAAGAGAUAAGAAAGCAACGAAGAGUAAUUACACACUGACAAAUAAAAGUGUCGAGACGGAAAUAAGAUUAGUUGAAGAAGCUUCUCUAAAGCUAAAGUUGGAGAUACAAGCAAGAUUAUGCCGAGAGGAAAUCGAGAAGCUUGCUGAGGAGAGGUUCUCAAGAGGAGACAAGCUGUUUGUUUAUCCUCAGGUGGUGAAACCUGAUAUAGAUAUAGAAGUGUUCUUUAAUAGGAGUCUCUCUACGCUGGAGAAUGAGCAAGAUGUACUGAUUAUGGGUGCUUUCAACGACUGGCGAUGGAAAUCUUUCACCAGAAGGUUAAACAAAACAGAUUUUAAAGGGGAUUGGUGGUCUUGCCUGGUUCAUGUUCCUAAGGAAGCGUAUAAGAUGGACUUUGUUUUCUUUAAUGGGCAAAGUGUUUACGACAAUAAUGAUAUGAAAGACUUCUGCGUACCUGUGGAAGGUGGGAUGGAUGCUUUUGCCUUUGAAGAUUUUUUGCUUGAGGAGAAACGAAGGGAACUUGAGAAGCUUGCUAAGGAGCAGGCUGAGAGGGAACGAGAAGCCGAAGAGCAAAGACGAGUAGAAGCUGAGAAGGCAGCCAGGGAAGCUGAUAGAGAACAGGCUAGGAAACAUACUCAAGAGCGAAGAAAAAUGUUGCAAGAGGUGAUGAAAAAGGCUGUUCGGACUGUUGAGAAUGUUUGGCACAUAGAGCCUAGUAACUUUGGAGGUGACGACUUGGUGAAUUUGUAUUAUAACAAAAUCUCUGGUCCACUUGCCGAGUCUCAAGGAAUCUGGAUACAUGGUGGGUACAACAAUUGGAAGGAUGGACCGUCCAUCGUUUCAAGGCUUGUUAGGUCUGAGAAAAUGGGUGGUGAUUGGUGGUAUGCUAAGGUUGUUGUACCUUAUCGAGCAUUUGUCUUGGAUUGGGUCUUUGCUGAUGGACCCCCUGAGAAGGCUAUAGUGUAUGAUAACAACCGUCGUCAGGAUUUCCAUGCUAUAGUUCCAAAAUCCAUCUCUGAGGAACUAUAUUGGGUUGAGGAAGAACAUCAGAUAUACAAGAAGCUACAGGAAGAGAGGAGAUUAAGGGAGGAAGAAAAACGUGCCAAGGCUCAAAAGACAGCACGUUUGAAAGCUGAAACAAAGGAAAGAACUUUGAAAAGGUUUUUGCUGUCUCAAAAGCAUAUAGUCUAUACUGACCCUCUUGAUGUUCAUGCUGGAAGUUUGGUGACAGUUUUCUAUAAUCCAGCGAACACAGUUUUGAAUGGAAAGCCUGAAGUCUGGUUCAGAUGCUCUUUUAACCGCUGGACCCACCGCAAGGGUCCAUUGCCACCACAGAAAAUGUUACCUGCAGAUAAUGGUUCUCUUGUCAAAAGCACUGUCAAGGUUCCACUGGAUGCAUAUAUGAUGGACUUUGUCUUCUCCGAGCGGGAAGAUGGUGGAAUCUUUGACAACAAAUGUGGCAUGGAUUAUCACAUUCCUGUAUUUGGGGGAAUUGUGAAGGAACCACCAAUGCACAUUGUGCAUAUUUCUGUUGAAAUGGCCCCUAUUGCAAAGGUUGGAGGACUCGGUGAUGUGGUUACUAGUCUAUCCCGAGCCGUGCAGGAGUUGAACCACCACGUGGACAUCAUUCUUCCAAAGUAUGACUGUUUGAACCUUAGCAAUGUGAAGGACUUCGGGUUCAAUAGAAGCUUUGCCUGGGGUGGGACUGAAAUAAAAGUUUGGCAUGGGAAAGUGGAAGGGCUUUCAGUCUACUUUUUGGAGGCUCAAAAUGGAUUCUUUUGGAGAGGUUGCAUAUAUGGUUGUAACAAUGAUAUAGAGAGGUUUGGCUUCUUUUGCCAUGCUGCUCUUGAGUUUCUACUCCAAAGUGGAUUUCAUCCUGAUAUACUUCAUUGCCAUGAUUGGUCUAGUGCACCAGUUACUUGGUUAUUUAAGGACCAUUAUAUGCAUUAUGGUCUUAGUAAAGCUCGGGUAGUCUUCACGAUCCAUAACCUUGAAUUUGGAGCACAUUUUAUUGGGAAAGCGAUGGCAUACUCAGACAAGGCUACAACUGUAUCCCACACUUACUCAAAAGAGGUUGCUGGAAAUCCUUCAGUUGCUCCUCAUCUCCGCAAGUUCCACGGGAUAAUAAAUGGAAUUGACCCAGACAUAUGGGACCCGUAUAAUGAUAAGUUCAUUCCUAUAGCGUACACAUCUGAAAAUGUUGUUGAAGGAAAAAGAGCUGCCAAGCAAGCCCUCCAAGAAAGGCUCGGUCUUAAAAGGGCAGAUCUCCCUCUUGUAGGUAUUAUCACUCGCUUAACACAUCAGAAAGGAAUCCAUCUCAUCAAGCACGCUAUUUGGCAAACCUUAGGGCGUGGUGGACAGGUUGUGCUCCUUGGUUCGGCUCCAGAUCCACGGAUCCAAAAUGAUUUUGUGAAUUUAGCUAAUCAUUUGCAUAGUGCUAAAGGUGAUCGUGCUUGUCUUUGCUUGACGUACGAUGAGCCACUAUCACACUUGAUAUAUGCUGGUGCAGAUUUUAUUUUGGUCCCCUCUAUUUUUGAGCCAUGUGGACUGACCCAACUCAUUGCUAUGAGAUAUGGUUCCAUAGCUGUUGUUCGAAAAACUGGAGGGCUCUACGAUACUGUAUUCGAUGUUGACCAUGAUAAAGAGAGAGCACAAGCACAGGGCCUAGAACCAAAUGGAUUUAACUUUGAUGGAGCUGAUAAUGCCGGUGUUGACUAUGCCCUUAAUAGGGCGAUCUCCGCAUGGUACGAGAGUCGUGAUUGGUUCAACUUGCUCUGCAAGACGGUGAUGGAGCAGGACUGGUCUUGGAAUCGGCCGGCUCUCGACUACAUGGAGCUCUAUCAUGCAGCACUAAAAAUCAGAAUAAUGCAGAAGUAGGUCCGACCCAAUCUCGUCCAGAGGUUUUGUACAUUUUCUGGUAUCUUGAUUAAUUCUUUUCUAGAAGCUUUAUCUGUUGCAUAUUAAUUUCACCUAGUCAGAAUAAUGCAAGGUCACAUCAGUUUGUAGAGCUUAAAAAUGUUCAUUUGUGUAGCUUACAUAAUAAUAAUUAAGAGGUCACCUUCCAAGUAUUGCACCUUUGUACUCAGCAUUAACUGCUUUAUUAGUUCAUGUGUCCAUAAACGUUGAAUCAGAAAAGUAAAAGUUGUGACACAUGAGCAUUUAAAAUAAAAAAGCAGCUUACAUCCCAUCUCAUUGAGAUCACUUUUAAUGGAAUCUUGCAAACCAUGGGAG